AUGACUGGUGAAGGGUCCAACUUGACGAAUAUGAACGAGGGUAACAACGAUGGUGUCAAUGAAGGGAAGCACCACCGAAAGUGCAAACGUUGUCCUUCUGUGGAUGUCAUAAGCGCUUUUGAUGCAAGACUGGAGCGUGUGGAAGAUUUCCUCGGUAGGAAUUCUGAAAGGAUCAAUGAGGUCGAUCAACGUCUCGAUGAGGUCGAGAAGGAGAUGCGUGAGGAUUUGACGAAGUCUCUCGUGGAGGGACUGGAACAGUGUCGCGAUGGGACGAAGGAAGUGACGAGGUCACUUGGUGCCGAGAUGGCCAAGCUCAAGGAGGAGGUGGCAGUGUGUCGCCUCGAGUUGGCCCGACGAGAAAAGGCGGCUAUGGUGGAGCCGUCCGUGAUGCAAGAGGAGCUUGCAACACUUAGAGCGGCAAUUGCGGAAUUGCAAGCUCGUGGCCUGGCCGGAGGAGUAGCGGCUGCACCUAGAGUGGAGGUGCCACGUCCGGAGUACUACUCAGGAGUUCGGAGAGGCCGGGUAAUUGAUACGUUUAUUUUCGACAUGGAACGUUAUUUUAAUGCGGUAGGGGUCGUGGGAGAUGCGGCCAAGGUGCAUACGGGUUCGUGUUUCUUGAAGGACUCGGCACUAAUUUGGUGGAGACGUAGGAGUGAAUUAGCCCAAAAUGGUGAGGCGAUCACGACGUGGGCAAUGUUUAAGUCCGAACUCAAGGCGGAAUUCGAACCAAUGAGGGCCGAGACCGAGGCGAGGGCCAAGAUCCGUUGGUUGACACAUCGGGAAGGAAAUUUAAGAGAGUACAUUGAUGAAUAUGCCAACUUACUACUCGAAAUCCCAUCGAUGACGCUAGAAGAAGCAUUAUUCGGGUUUACCGAAGGAUUGAGGCCGUGGGCCAAGGAGCGGGUUGUGGAUAAGUGCCCGGAAACUGUGAAUGAAGCAAUGAAAUAUGCUUCACGAUUGAUUGAAUUUCAACAGAGGGAACCAUACAGGAGAGACGAUGGGUGGAGAAUGACAUCGGACAAAAGUGGGGGAGAUACGUCGAGACCCGCCCCACGGCCGGACAAAAGUGGGGGAGAUGCCCUAAGAUUCGCCCCACAACUGGAAAGAGAACGUCAAACACCUAGGGCUGCAAUGAGAGAUUUCUUCAAACCGGGAUCGAGGUAUGAGGGUUGUUUUGUUUGUCAAUCAAAAGAACAUUUUGCAAGAGAUUGUCCGAACCGAUCAAAUAUUGCCGCGGUAACCGAGGACACUAACCCAAUAGAAGAACGAGUGGCGUGCAUGAAAGCAGAGGGUGAUGGCGAAAAACAUCGAGGACGGAUGUACAUGAAUGUCGACAUCAAUGGGCGCUCGUACUUGUGUUUACUCGACCCGGGGGCGAAUGCGAAUUACAUGAGCAAAGAAAUAGCUCACGAGUUGGGGUUGCAAUGGGUGUCAACGGAGGGUCGAUUCAAGGGAGUAAAUAGUGCAUGGACACCUUUAACGGGAGUGGCAAAGGACGUACCAAUUCAAGUCGGAGAUUGGAAAGGUAUGGCUAAUUUCAAUGUUGCCCCUAUUGACGAUUAUUUGGUGUUCUUUGGCAUGAGAUUUGUCGAGCAAACCAAGUUAGCAAUGAUUCCGCACAAGGACAAAUACACUAUUAUGGAUGGAAGCAUGCCAUGCGAUAUCACCGUUUACCGGGAGGAGGAGUUGACGCCAAAGCAACUCGAAAGAGGAUUGAGGAAAGAAGACCCAACGUUUGCGGCUAUUUUUAGCAACGAGGACCUCAUUGGUUACGAGGUCGAGGAGGCCAUUACACCACCGAAGGAAUUCAAGGAUGUGAUGCCAAAGGUGUUACCGAAGGGGUUACCACCUCGACAAGCGGUUGACCCCGCCAUCGACUUGGUGGAAAGUGCAAAACGAGUAUCUCGACUACCACAGCAAGCGUUGCUCGACGAAACAAUCGAGUUGGAGAAACAAAUUGGGAAACCUUUGGAAGCAAAGUUCAUUGUCCCGUCAAAGAGCUCUUUAGGUACACCAGUGUCCUUUCAACUGGAGAAGGAUAAGAGUCUCCUCAAGUGUAAUAACCACGGGAUGCAGAACAAGGUGACAAUUCGAGAAGGCGAUGAAUUAAAGACGGAAAUCACUACGAGAUGGAGUGUAGUAGACCAUGUUGGACACUUGCGGAAUGGGUUGCGAGUUAUACAAGAAAAUCAACUCUAUGUCCGGAGAGGGUUUGAGAUAGACGAGGUCGGAAUCUCAGGAUACAUCGUGGCCGAUGGAAGAAUUCAAGUGGAGUCUGGGAAGGUCAAGACGGUCAUAGAAUGGGAGGCGCCCAAGUCAACUAUGGAGAAAGACGAGAGUACCGAGAAGAACCCAUUCGAGAUCAUGCCCGGUUUCCAACCAAUGACUUCGAAAGACUUGGUGAGUACGUACAAAGAACCGAGUCCAUGGUUGUUCCACUUUGCCAAGGGUUGGCCGAGUCGGGUAAAGGUGAUGCGACUAUAUUCAGAGAGAUCCCAAAGAUGCAAGAAGAGGGACCGAAAACGUGGGUUUCAAAGAUCCAAAGAGAGAGACUUACAGUUGGUACGAUUCUAUCAAUAUGGGCGUAUACGAGAAGUGCACAAAGGAUCAACGAGACGAUAUGAAGGCCCGUUCCCGAUCAUGAAGAAAGGAGGCAAGGUAAAAUACAAGGUGGAGCUACCCGAGGGCUUGUCCCAACUCCACCCGGUAUUCUAUGUUGAUAUUCUUGAGCCUGACUAUACGAAAGAUCGGGACCCAGAUCGGAAUAUAUCGACAAGAGCACCACCCGGGAUGCAGACAACGUAUGACGAAAUAGCCGAGGGAAUAUUGAUGGAUCGACUAAGGUGCCGCAAGAAAUAUCCGCCCUCGACGGAAUACUUGGUGAAAUGGAGAGACUUGCCCGAGACUGAGACGAGAUGGAAACCGGAUGAGAAACAUUGGCAAUUCAAAGACUUGGUACAUGAAUUCGAGGCAUUGAGGACAAUGCCUUCAUCAAGUGGGGGAGAAUGUCACGGACCAAAAUCCGUGACCGAAGAUGACCGAGAGAAGAAGCCAAAACCCGGAGGCUAGUCCGAUACUUUGUAAAUAAAACUAGAACUUGUAUGGAGUAGUUGGGGGUUGGUAGAUAGUUGGUGGGAGAUGGUUGGUGAGGGUUGGUAAAAGAUGAUUGGUAAAAGAUGGUUGGUAGAUAGUUGGUGAAAGAUGGUUGGUGGGAGUUGGUGGGAGUUGGUGGAUAGUUGGUAGGAGAUGGUUGGUGGGGGUUGGUAGAUGGUAGUUAGGAGAUUAUGAACUAGUAUAAAUAUGUGGUAGUGGUCAUUUGUAAAUCAUCAAGUUGAGAGCAAUAACAUCUACUUUCCCUUACUACUUCCUCUCUCUACGAUUAUCGAGUGUUCUUGAUCGUGUUCUUGAGUGUUCUUGGAAGUGUCCGAAGAAAGGCUGUACUAGCAACCUCUAAGUGUCGGGAAGUUGCUAGGCCGCACGGAAGGUGUUCGAGGAACAACCAGGCGCGCUCGAAUGAAGUUCAG